CUGGAACUAAAAGUUAGCCAGGUAGUUGAGGAGUCCAAAGCAUUUAUUUCCAGGAAUAAAAACGGGCCCUUUCUGCUAUUUGUAUCUUUUCUACAUACACACACUCCUUAUUAUACCACUGAGAGAUUUAGAGGAAGAAGCAGACAUGAUUUGUAUGGAGAUAAUAUAGAGGAGAUGGACUGGAUGGUUGGGGAAAUUCUAAAAGCCAUUGAUGAAGAAGGGUUAGUGAAUAACACGUUUACCUACUUUACGUCAGACCAUGGGGCACAUUUGGAAGGAAUGGAAGGAAGUUCUCAUCUAAAAGGCCACAAUGGAAUUUACAGAGGUAAU